UAGUCUCUGUUCGUAUCGAGGAAUACCAAAAUAGAAUGUUGCUCUCCGUUAUCGACUACAUAGCUAUUGUGAUUUUUUCCCUGCUAUUGGGUCUGAUAAUUUCAUCAACAAUCUAUGACCUGUAUAUGGAAAGGAACCUAUGUAGGCCACUGUUCAAUAAAUCAUGGUACAACAGUACAAUCACUUCGAAUCGAUUUUCAGAUGAGCCAACAACUCUCUACCUUGCCUUUUCGUUACAUAGAAAUUAUAGUGAUUUAUUGAAAAUCGAACCACCAUCAUCGAAAACCAUUGAAUGCUUUUACGGUCUUCGAGCGCUGGCGGUAUUCUGGGUGGUUGCGGGUCAUAGAUUGUGGAAGCAUUUUUCGGAAGAACCACUGAAAUACACCGGUCCGUUUUCGGAGUUUGUAACCAAAGUAGUAUGGAAUAACAAAUAUGCUGCCGAAGUGUUUUUUCUAAUGGCUGGCAUAUUAGUCACACUGUCGACUUUAAAAGCACUAGAUGAGAAAAGGGUAAACUUGCUUAAAAUGUACAUUGGUCGAUACGGAAGGUACAUGCCUACUCUAGCUGCAAUACUUCUCUUCAUCAUGAGCUCGUUUCCGGCAUUGCUAGUUGAUGGUUAUUUGAAAAAAUAUUUCGAAUCGAGAACUGAACCUUGUCACAAGUAUUGGUGGAGCAGUUUGUUGCUCGUUCAAACCUACGUCAACCCUACGGCAGUGUGUAUAAGGCCGACAUGGUAUUUGAGUGCAGACUUUCACCUCUUCGUGCUGAGCCCAGCGUUCAUAUUUACGGUGUGGAAGCUCAAAUACAAAGCGUUUUUGCUUUUUGCGACCGUUAUUUUGGCGAAUCAAAUUGGCAUUUUCGUUGCCAGUUACUACGAUACCGUUCCCAACGAUUUAAUUUAUUAUCAAACACAUUUCCGCAUAGGACAGUUUCUUGUCGGAAUUGCUUUGGGUUAUAUCAUGCACGAGCGUAAGGGCAAACACCACAUGCGGAAGAGAACCCAGUGCAUUGGAUGGAUAGUAACAAUACUUGUCUUUGUUUCAAUCGAAGUUAUCCACAAAUUGUAUCAAGAGCAACGAUUCGUGAAAUCGUUAUAUUCAUCCGUUGGUCGUCUUGCAUGGACUGUAUUAACUAGUUGGGCCAUAUUCGUCUGUCAUCAUUUGAAAUCGGGUGGAGUAGUCAAUUGGUGUUUGUCACAUCCAGUCUGGCAACCAAUAGCUAAGAUGAGCAUGAGUAUAUAUCUAAUUCAUGAAGUUUACCAGUCGUUAACCGUUGCGAAUAUGGAAGCCGCGUUAUCGUUGAAUUCGGCGUGGAUGAUCCAUAUUAUUGGCGGUGACAUUAUUGCUUCGAUAGUGUUCGGUGCUGUCGUUUAUUGUGUUAUUGAAGCACCAUCGAUUGUAAUUUUGAAAUGUCUUUUGAAAUAA